AUGUACUAAUUUCCAUAGUUUUUCAGACAUUAAUUAGCUCAAGCUAGGUCCUUUUCAUCCAAGCAUUCGGCAAACCCUUAUGAUAUAUUAAGAGUUUCCCAAGACUGCACUUUAUAAGAUUUGAAAGAUGCUUACAGAAAAAUGGCUCAGCUGUAUCAUCCAGAUGGAAAAUAAGGAGAUGCUUAGAAAUUUUAUGAGAUUAAGUAAUCCUAUGAUCAGAUUCUCGCGAAAGGGUUUCCAAAGAAUCAAUACAAGUCAAUGGAUCACAAGGUUUAUGAGGAGCAAAGGGCAAAAGACAUUGUUAUGGAUCGAAUCAGAAGGAAGAUUGAGGAGGAAGCUGAAUUCAGAAGGAAAUUCGAAUAGCAUAAAUAAAAGCAAGAGGAGCUCAAACGAAAGCAGUAAGAGUAAGAAAGAGAUCUACUGCGGAAAAAAGAUCAAUCCAGAAGAGCUUAAGAAUAAAAAAGCCAAACUUAAUAAACAUAUUAUGAAUCUAAGGAGUAUGAAUAGAUGAACGCUCAAAUCUUCAACAAUGUGAAACAAAGCAAAAAUUGCUAUAGUUAUGAUCAUGAUAAAGCACGCAAGGUGUUUGACAAGUAGCACGCCACUUCAAGAUAAAAAGUUAUAGACAUUGAGGAUUUUGAGAUUAUGAGGAAAGUUCAAUUGAUGUAAGAUGAAAAAAGACUUGAGGAAGUAUAACUAAAAAAGAAGCAGCAACAGGAGGAUUUGGAAAAAUAAAAAUUUAAUCUCAGGCAGUCAACUUCUUAUGAUACCACUUUUAUAUAAGAGAAAAUAUCUGGGAAGGCCAAUGAAUAGAGAUAGUAUCAAUAGCCGAAUUAUUAAUUUGGAGGAAAUUCUACAAGUAAAAAAAGCGAUGGUGAAAGUACUCUGCUUGGUUUAGGGGUAGCGAUAGUUGGAAUUGCUGGAAUGAUCUUUAUGUUCAGUAGUAACUAAACACAAUCUAAAAAUGAGACUUAAAGGAGUAUUCCUGUCUCAUAAUAAGCUUUAAAAUAUGUGGCCCCAAUGACGGAAGAAUAGAAAGAUAGAACAAUUCAGGAAUAAAGAAAAAGUAAUUAAAAUCUGUGGAAUCAUCAAUAGAAGUAGACCUAAAACUUUUAAUCUAAGUAGAGCAAAGUAUCAGAAAAACUUAAAGCAUAAUAGCAAGAAUAGAAAAAUAUCGAUGAAUUACCAAAAGUACAGAUUUUCGAGUUUUUGUACAAUAAAGAGAAAUUGGAACUGUAGGAGAGGCCUGUACCUUUGCCUAAUAGAGAUAAGUUGAACAACAUCAUUGAUGAAACUUACACUAACAAGUAUGAAUGUCUAGUUAGAUAAUAGUGUGAUGGGAAUAUCUUCGAUAUGAAAACUAAUUUCCUUAAAAAGUGUGGUCAAAUGAAUCCAUUCAUAGUAUAUGAAAAGUAUAUUAAUGAGAAAAAACUUUCCCCUGAAGUCUUUUUGUUUAUGGAUCACUAUGACAUUCCUCUUUUUGAAGCGCCAGAUAAAGCUAAAAUUGCUAUAAAUGCUUUUUUCUAAGCAAAAUAUGGAAUGUUUUACUGUAAAAAUAAUGCUAAAAGAAAUAUGUAUCCAGAUUACCAGCCUUUUUUAAUAAUGAACUUUGAAAAAAAUCCUAAGUAACUCUAGAAGACAUGGACAAUAGCAAUAAUGAGUGCACUAGCAGACCAAAGUAUCGAAUAUGAUGAUCUUAAAAAGUAUGAACGCAAUUUUGAAUAAGGCCGAAGGUGGUAAAAGUUUAUAAAAAAAUAGAAAAUCGAACAAAAGAAAUAGGAAUUGCUGUAGUAACGAUAAAAAGAAUAGGAUUAACAAUAAGCGCUUUUGUAAGCUGAUAAUAUCUCUUAGCCUUUAUCUGAAAUCGUUGGGAUUAAUACGACUGGGACUAGGUAACAACACGAAGCGCUUUGA